GUGGUGACAGUGGAUUGGAUGGGUUAGGAGGACCAGGAGUUCAGCUUGGAAGCCCUGAUAAGAAAAAGCGCAAAGCAAAUACACAGGGAUCAUCAUUUCCUCCUCCAUCUGAAUAUGCUCCACCGCCGAAUCCAAGCUCUGACCACCUUGUAGCUGCAAAUCCAUUUGAUGACAACUAUAAUACUGUGUCUUAUAAACCACUUCCUUCAGGAAAUCCAUAUUUCAGUAAUCCUGGUUAUCCUGGCUUUGGAGGCUAUAACACUUUCAGAAUGCCACCUCAUAUGCUGCCCAGAGUGUCCUCGCCAUAUGGUGGUUCUUACUCCCUGAGAAACCAACCACAUCCUCUUCCUCAAAACCCUGUGGGCAUGGGUUUUAGUCGACCCCACUCUUUCAGCUUUGGUCCACAUGAUAACCCAGGUUUUGGGAAUCAACCACCUUAUAGUAGUGGUCAGAUAAAUCAAAAUGUCAAUAUGCCUGCUCAGCAUUUUAGGCCAAAUCCUGGGGAGAACUUUGGCCAUUCUGGUCAGAUACCUCACCCUGAUGUGCCAUCUAACUUUGGCCCUGGAAACAAUCCAAAUUUCCCAAAUUCUCAGCUAGAGUCAAACCAUUCUUUUGUUCCUCCACCAAACACAUACAACCAGACAAAAUCAUCAGCACAGAAACAAGACUUUAGUCAAGGAGCAAGCAAAGCAUCCAGCCAGAACACUGCUGCUCAUCAGCAUCAUCACAGGACAGAGGACAUUGUGAGUCAAGGUAACAGUGACCUAAAAAAUGCUACUCGAAACAAUGUGGUGAAUCAGGAUAACAGCCAUUCCAGCAGUGCUGAUAACACCAGUGCUGGCCAUUCAAAUGGGACUCAGGGCAAGUCCCGCCAGCCUCGAGGAACCGCGGAGGGAUGCAACUCUGAAAAGAGCAGCAAAACACCUCUUCAUCCCAGUCGUCAUGGGCACUCGUCCUCUGAACCUGUGUAUCCGUGUGGGAUUUGUACACAUGAAGUUAAUGAUGACCAGGAUGCCAUCCUGUGUGAAGCCUCUUGUCAAAAAUGGUUCCAUCGCAUCUGUACGGGCAUGACGGAGUCAGCUUAUGGCCUUCUCACAGCAGAGGCAUCGGCAGUUUGGGGCUGUGAUACUUGCAUGGCUGACAAAGAUGUGCAGUUAAUGCGCACGAGAGAGACUGCAGGGCCACCUGCACUGAACACAGAGGGCUAA